UGAAAUUUCUGUUCGCACCCCAAUUUGGUUGUGAGCUAAGGUGUUCGUGAGCCAAGAUACCACUGUAUGUUGCAAGGCCUGUGUCUGUUCUCCAUCCUCGUGGCCUUUCCUUUUCCUAUCCUUGUGAGAGACAGAGAUACCUCAUAUUUUCCCCUCUUGUCUCCAGUAGAAACAUUUUGCCUUACCUUUCUUUCAUUGCAGCAAUUCUCAAGCAGUUAAUACUAGCAUAGGUGUAGAAGCUAGAAAACCCAUUAUCUUCUUUGCUUUCUCAGCCACAGCUUCAUCUUUCCUCUGAGGUUCAGCAAUCAUUGCUUUUGAGGAAAGUUGGCAAUCUUCACAACAGAUCCAGAGGAUCAGUUGCCCAACUAACCCUUGUAUAUACUAGUAUCUACUGGUAUAAAAGGAAGAUGUGGAAACAGGUGUUCACCUUGAUCCAGCUACCAAGGAAGUUCAGUAUAACCCAACCUAUGACACCAUGUUUGCACCUGAGUUUGGACCAGUGAAUCCAUUUAGGACUCAACAGAUGGCUGCACCCAGGAAUAUGCUAUCUGGAUAUACAGAACCAGCACACAUUAAUGAUUUCAUGUUUGAGCAACAGCGAAGAACGUUUGCAACUUAUGGAUAUGCAUUGGAUCCCUCAAUAGAUAAUUAUGAGGUUCCUACUAAAUAUAUUGGAUCUGUUGAAGAAGCUGAAAAGAAUCAAGGUCUCACUGUGUUUGAAACAGGACAGAAGAAAAUGGAGAAAAGGAAGAAGUUCAAAGAGAAUGAUGCAUCUAAUAUUGAUGGCUUCUUGGGGCCUUGGGCCAAAUAUGUGGAUGAAAAAGAUGUUGCAAAACCUUCGGAAGAAGAGCAAAGGGAACUGGAUGAAAUAACAGCAAAGAGGCAAAAGAAAGGCAAACAUGAAGAUGAUAAACCUGGAGAAGAAAAGACAAUUUUGCAUGUCAAAGAAAUGUAUGACUAUCAAGGGAGAUCCUAUCUUCAUGUUCCUCAGGAUGUCGGAGUUAACCUCCGUUCAGCAGUACCUCCGGAGAAAUGUUAUCUUCCUAAGAAACAAAUCCAUGUGUGGUCUGGUCAUACAAAGGGUGUCAGUGCUGUCAGGCUUUUUCCUCUUUCUGGCCACCUCCUGUUGUCUUCCUCCAUGGACUGUAAAAUUAAGCUCUGGGAAGUAUAUGGUGAACGAAGAUGCUUACGAACUUUCAUUGGGCACAGUAAAGCUGUUCGAGAUAUAUGCUUUAACAAUGCUGGAAACCAGUUUCUGAGUGCUGCCUACGACCGCUAUCUUAAGCUCUGGGACACUGAAACAGGACAGUGUAUUUCAAGAUUUACCAACAGAAAAGUUCCUUAUUGUGUAAAAUUCAAUCCAGAUGAAGAUAAGCAGAAUCUUUUUGUAGCAGGAAUGUCAGAUAAGAAAAUUGUACAGUGGGAUAUUCGAAGUGGAGAAAUUGUGCAGGAAUAUGAUAGACAUUUGGGAGCUGUCAACACCAUUGUAUUUGUAGAUGAAAACAGAAGAUUUGUGAGUACAUCUGAUGACAAGAGUUUAAGAGUCUGGGAAUGGGACAUUCCUGUAGAUUUCAAGUACAUAGCAGAGCCAAGUAUGCAUUCAAUGCCAGCAGUGACCUUGUCUCCAAAUGGAAAAUGGUUGGCUUGUCAAUCAAUGGACAAUCAGAUUCUGAUUUUUGGAGCGCAAAACAGAUUCCGACUAAAUAAAAAGAAAAUCUUCAAGGGUCAUAUGGUGGCAGGUUAUGCUUGUCAAGUAGAUUUUUCACCUGAUAUGAGCUAUGUGAUAUCUGGUGAUGCUGAUGGAAAGCUGAAUAUCUGGGACUGGAAGACAACAAAGCUUUAUAGUAGAGUAAAAGCACACGACAAAGUAUGUAUAGGUGCAGUUUGGCACCCACACGAAACAUCCAAGGUGAUCACUUGUGGAUGGGAUGGUCUCAUUAAACUAUGGGACUAACGAUUCUAAAUCCGAAAUUGGUUGGUGAAUAAAGGAGAUUUCAGAACAGAAUGCAGUGGAAAUGGUUUGAAAUUAGAAUAUUAGCAUGGUUAUUUUCAGUAUUUUUAGUGUGCACACGCCAUAUUGGAAGUUCAAAAGACUUGGUCUGAAAGAUUUUCAACUGCAAGUUAUGAGGAGCUGAAAAUGACUCUUGAGUUGACUGAAAGUUCGAGCUUGUUCAUAAGCCUAUUUCAAAAAAGCUAAAUGGAUACAUUUGUAUAGUUUUGUGAUUAUGAAAAAGAACCAGAAAUAUCACAAGCUCUGCUCUGCAAGUGUGCAACUGGGAAGAAAAAAGGUGUUUUCAUUCUGAUAUAACAUGAUGAUGCACCUGUUAUUAAAAAAACUAUUUGGGAAUAUUCUCCAAAUAAAUAGGAUAUUUCUGGGAUUAUGUAUGUAUAUAUAGAAUAGGCAUUGCUACUCAAACUUGUAUUUUAUUUAAUAAAAUUGUUAGUUAUAUUGCAGUACAUACAUACACAAAGAUUUCACGUGCACAACUGCAGUUUGCAGCUCCAGUUUCGAUUUUCUGUGCGGGAAAAACCCCUCGUCACCCUACCCCAAAUUCAUGAGCCAUGUUUCAAGAUAGGGUGAAGGUCCUGACAAAAACAUCUGUAGAGAAUGUCCAUCUGUUGCUGUACCUGAGGAGUCCCUCAGUCUUCCCAUCUUGGAAGAGGAGGAAGAAAAUGUCCCAGGGCAGUUUCCUCCCCAACCAUCCUUCUUGUGGAGCAGAUGGGUAGAGUUAACCCAUAAAUCGUGGAUGUGGGGUACCUGUUCAUUUUUAUUUGUCUUUAUAUCAUGUCUGCUUUUUCUGAUCUAUCAGGCUACCAUCCUUAUUCUAGAUGUGCUGUUAUAAAACAAUCCAAAGAAUAUAAUUUUUAUUUAUUAUUGGUGUCAAACGUAAUAAAUAUUUAACAAGUAAUUAAUAAAUACUGUUUCAGCAGAUACCCCAUUCACCCAGUUGGGUUUGGACAGGGGCAGCAAUAAAGUCUGUCUACUGCUUUCAUUAAUAUAGAUCAAAGAAGGUAUAACUGGAAGCAAACUGCAGAUUCAUUAUCACUUCAUCACCCAACUCUUGUAAAUGGGCACUUUAAUAUCUAUGUUUAUUUUACGAGAUUGUGUUUUUGUGCUAAACUUCUGUACAUAUGUUUCAAUCCUUUUUUACAGAUCUUAUUUUUAAUAAAUGUUUUUAUGUAAAGACAA